AUGGUGCCGUCGCCGGCACCCAAGCCGUCACCGUCGACGGUGCCGUCGCCGUCCGUGACACCUUCGCCGACACCGACAACGACUCCGCCGCUCACACCGACGACGACGCCGCCUAGCACAACGCUUUUAUCGACGACAGCACCGCCGCCGACAACGGUCGUGACGUUGACACCGACGUCGCCACCGGUCACGCCGCGCCCGACACCGGCGACACCUGCGCCGACGCAGCGGGUGGUGACAUCCACUCCCACGAUCGUCUAUGUCGAUCCGACGCUAGGCCCGACACCGAUACCGUCGAUCGCAGCGAGCAGCGGUGCCGAUUUGCAGCAGUACGUUGUCCCGGCAGUCGUCGGUGGCGCAGUCGUCAUCUUCAUCUUGAUCCUGCUCGUGCUCCGGAAACGUCGGCAUGAGAAGCGCUACGACGACAUGGACAUUGUCAGUCCCUACAGCAUGCGCCCCGGGACGUUUCUUAACGAGGACGGCAACCCGAUCCCGUACAAGCGCGGGUACACGUCGUUCAACGCGAGCCUGCGCAACACCAACGUCGACUCGCAGCUCGAGACGCGCACGACCGCAUACGACUUUGACGUGCCCGAGACUGCAAACAGCUACCACACCAACUCCAACAGCAUCGGUAGCAACGCCAACAACAUCAGUAGCAGCCACCAAACGACCCGCGGCACGCAGCGCUCGGAGAGUGCCCACAGCAGCAGCACCGAGGACGAUGUCGCUGCCAUGUCCGGGUCGCGUCGAGGCCAGCACAUCUGUCUGGACCGUGUUGUCGAGUACCGUCGGUUGACCUACGACGCCAACCGCGUCACAUCGCCGACGAGCUUGCACCAGGUGACUGAAAUUACGAUUUAAUCGCAACCCAGCAACGUCGUUAUACUAUACCGUUGGUAACCCACUA